CUGAGCCCCUGUUCAUCUGACAUGCUCUGAGGUGAUUGCAAUGCAUAAAAGGUGUAGAUUGCGCACCUCAGUAGCGGCUAAGUUUCCCGUGUAGUCUGCUAGCACUGUGAUCUUCGAUUCCGUAUCGUCCCUCCUCAUCUAGGAACCACCCAGCCACGAUCUACCAUCUCUCCACACCAUGAUCUCCGCUCCCAUCCUAACGGCUCUUCUGGCCAUUGUCCCAGCUGCCCUGGCCACGGCUCCUCCCAUCUACCCCAACUUCAACUUGGAGUGGAAGAGUGACUUUGGCGGUAAAGAAGGCAGCUUUCCGGACGAGGGUAACUGGAACAUCAUCGCGGGCAACCUCGGUGUUAACAACGAACUCGAGACGUAUGCCAGAAGUACUGACAAUGUCCGCAUCAGCAAAUCCAAGACACUCGAGCUCAUCCCUCGCCACAAGGACAACAAGUGGACAUCCGGUCGUCUUGAAAGCAAGCACACCUUUACACCUCCUGCUGACAAGCUGACUCGUGUCGAGGCAUCUAUUCACCUCGCCACUGUCGGUGGCAAGCAGGGCAUCUGGCCUGCGUUUUGGAUGCUCGGCGAUUCCAUUCGCCACGGCACCUCGUGGCCCCUCUGCGGCGAGCUCGACAUUCUGGAGACAGUCAACGGCCAGUCUACAGGUCAUGGUACUAUGCACUGCGACAAGUCUCCCGGCGGCAUCUGCGGUGAGGGCAACGGCAUUGGCUCUCCCGUCGGCUUCAACCCCAAGGGCUUCACUACCUGGCGUCUGGAGCUCGAUCGCCGCCCCAAGGACUGGAAGAAGCAGACGAUUACCUGGUUUAUGAACGGAAAGCAGUACCAACAGAUCAGCGGAGCGCGCAUCAACAAUGCUGAUAUCUGGGGUCGCGUUUGCCACAGCCCGCUCUUUUUCAUUCUCAACGUUGCUGUUGGCGGUAACUGGCCUGGUAACCCCAACCAAGACACACACGCCGGCACAGACAGCAUGAUGGAGGUUGCCUACGUUGCGCAAUAUGUCUCCAAAUAAGCAGAUCCAGCUUUGUUAUAUCCGUUCAUGUAUAUUGGCCUGUAGAAGAAGGCUGGCUGUGUGAGCCCUGGACUGUAAAUAUUGCGCACGCAGGACCAACCGUGUAUAUAGCACACGCGUCUGAUACAUAUGUCUAUAAUAUAGUUAGCGUCCGGCUUGGCGCACCUAUAGCAUCCGCAGCCAAUGACCAUGCACCCAAAGUGAGCCAAGGCUGGCAACCUCUUCAGCCCCCAGUGAUUGGUGGACCAUUUAACGAAC